AUGACAGUACUACUGCCAGACAUUGUUUGCCAUAUUCCUGCUAUAACCGCAACAUGUUCUGUGGGCAAGCUUCAUCUUAUGAAGCAUAAAUAUUAUCAUUCAGGAGAUCUCAUCAUUGCUGGCAUUUUACCACAGUCCUACAUGAUGUCUGAAACAAUGAAGUUUAAAAGGCAUCCAUCUGAAGAACUGAUUUAUGACUUCAUCUGUGAUUGGCAAACAAUGUGGCUGCUUGAAGUAGGUACAGACAAACGCUACAUCUGUAUUCUUACAUACUCCAAAGGUGAACCUCAUGAAAGAAGGUUUUUCCUACAGAAUUACCAGCAUGUCCUAGCUCUGAUUUUUGCUGUAAAGGAGAUCAAUGAACAUUCCCUCAUCUUACCUAACAUAACUUUGGGGAUUCACGUUGCUGAUAGCUAUUUCAUGGCAAGAGGGACCACCUUUGCUUCAGUUGAGCUUCUCUCCACACGGGGCAGGUUCAUCCCCAAUUAUAAGUGUGAUGCCAAGGACUGGGCAGUAUCUGUUAUUGCAGGACCUACCUCUCACAUCUGUUCCUUCAUGGCAAACGUUCUGAAUGUCUACAAGAUGCCCCAGUAUUACCAGCCAGGGGAUUUCAUCAUUGCUGGCAUUUUGUCUCAGAUCUACAUUUUUUCGAGUCCAAUCAGCUUUCAGAAGCAGCCUUCUGAGGAGAGUUUUGAUGACCUUGUGAUGUUCACUCAGAAUUACCAGCACAUCCUGGCCUUGGCAUUUGCUGUGAAGGAAAUCAAUGAGAAUAACCAACUCUUACCCAAUUUCACUUUGGGCUUCCACAUUUUAAAUAGCCAUUUUUUUGCAAGAUGGACCUAUCUUGCCUCUUUGGAACUUCUAUCCACAAAGGACAAAUUCAUCCCUAACUACAAAUGUGACACUCAGAAUAACAUUUUGGGAGUCAUUGGGGGACCUAAUUCCGAAGUCUCUCUCCACAUGACAAACAUCCUGAGCACCUACAAAGUUCCACAGAUCCUGUAUGGCUCAUCUCCAAUAAUAAAUGACAAAACCAAAGAAGAUUUCUUCCACCAGAUGUUUCCAGAUGGGAACCAUCAGUAUAUGGGGAUUCUUGAGUUGCUGCUGCAUUUCAGGUGGACCUGGAUUGGUGUGAUUUCUUUUGAUGAUGACAAUGGAGAGAUAUUUAAACAGGAUAUACUUCCCAUAUUUUCUCAACGGGGUAUCUGUGUGGAGUUCUUAGAAACAAUGCCCAAAAUAUCUUUUUCAGGUGACAUUGCUGAAACAGCAAUGGAUUGGUUUGGAACCUCACAUAUUGUCACAGGAAGUACUGCCAAUACUGUUAUUAUACAAGGAGAAAUACAUACUAUUAGUGUCUUAAGAUCAAUUUUCCACUUUGCCCAAUUUUAUGAUAUAACAGUUGAGAGCCGAGUGUGGAUUAUGACAGCCCAGAUGGAUUUUGCAUCUCCUGGUUUUCUAAGAGAUUGGGACAUACAUUGCCUCCAUGGGGCUCUAUCAUUCGCUAUUCACACAAACUAUCCUAGAGGAUUCCAGACCUUUCUGAAGGAAAGAAACCCUAUCUCAGAAAACAGAGAUGGCUUUAUCAGAGUCUUCUGGAAAGAUGCAUUUAAUUGUGACUUCUCAAAUUCCACUCUGGAUGAGAGAGAUGAGUUGAUUUGCACAGGGGAGGAAAAGCUGGAGACUUUACCUGGGACCCUGUUUGACAUAGGCAUGUCCGGCCACAGUUACAGCAUCUACAAUGCAGUUUACAUUACGGCGUAUGCUCUGCAUGCAAUAACUUCAUCCAAGUCAAAAGGGAGAGCAAAGAUGAGAUGGUUAAGACAAAAUCGACUGAAUGAAGAGCCAUGGCAGGAGAGACCCCGUUCCCUGUGUAAUGACAAUUGUCAUUCAGGUUCUAGUAAGAUCAGGAUAGAAGGGAAACCAUUUUGCUGCUAUGGGUGCCGUUCAUGUCCAGAAGGGAAGAUUGCAAAUCGGAAAGACAUGGAUUAUUGUUUGCCAUGCCCAGAUGGACAGUAUCCAAACAACAACCAUGACUCGUGCCUUCCAAAACAUAUAGUUUUCCUGUCUUAUGAAGACCCCUUAGGGACCAGUUUGGCCACUACGGCAAUUGUCUUUGCUUGCAUUGCUACUGUGGUGCUUGGGAUCUUCAUCACAUACCAGGACACUCCCAUCGUCAAGGCCAAUAACCGGAACAUCACCUACCUUCUCCUCGUCUCCCUUGUGCUCUCAUUCCUUUGCAGUUUAUUGUUCAUUGGACAACCAGAAAAGGUGACCUGCCUUUUCCGACAACCUGCUUUUGGGAUCGUCUUCUCAGUAGCCAUUUCUUGUGUGUUGGCCAAAACCAUCAUUGUGAUUUUAGCUUUCAUGGCUUCAGUUCCAGGAUCCAAGAUGAGGAGAUGGCUGGGCAAACAAUUAGAUAAUUACAUUGUUGUUUCCUGCUCCCUUAUUCAACUCAUUGUUUGCACUGUGUGGCUUGUAACCUCACCCCCAUACCCAGAUGCUGAUAUGAACUUAGUGGCAGAUGAAAUCAUCCUGGGAUGUAACGAAGGCUCCACUCUCAUGUUUUACUGCGUCUUGCUCUACCUGCUUUUCCUUGCCAUUGUUGGCUUCAGUGUGGCUUUCCAAGCCCGGCAUUUGCCGGACAGUUUUAAUGAGACCAAGUUUAUCUCCUUCAGCCUGUUGUGUUUUUGCAGUGUCUGGUUGUCCUUUUUUCCCACAUAUCUGAGUACCAAGGGGAAAUACAUGGUGGCUGUGGAGAUCUUUUCCAUACUAUCUUCCAGUGCAGGGUUACUGGGCUGCAUCUUCUUUCCCAAAUGCUUUGUUAUUCUAAUGAGGCCUGAUCUGAACAAUAAGAAACAGUUAAUGAGAGGCAAGAAAGUGGAAACAUAG